CACAAGUUUGUUACGAUGGCUCGAUUGCUUUUGCCUGGCGGAAACCAAACUGUGAGGUCCAAGGACCAAACGGCCAAGGACAGGAAGUGAGUCCAGGUCGUACCCGUCUUCGGGAGAGCUUGGGCCGCUGAGACUUCGGAGUCUGCGCUGGGCCGGCUUGGAGCUCUGAGUGGAUGGAAAAGUUCAGUCAUGUUUGCACCCGCGGUGAUGCGUGCUUUGCGCAAGAACAAGACUCUCCGCUACGGAGUCCCUAUGUUGUUGCUGAUUAUUGGAGGUUCUUUUGGUCUUCGUGAGUUUUCUCAAAUCCGAUAUGAUGCUGUGAAGAGUAAACUUGAUCCUGAGUUCGAAAAAAGACUGAGAGCGAAUAAAAUUACUUUAGAAUCAGAAUAUGAGAAAAUAAAAGACUCCACUUUUGAUGAAUGGAAGAAUAUUCGAGGACCCAGGCCUUGGGAAGAUCCUGACCUCCUCCAAGGAAGAAACCCAGAAAGCCUUAAGACUAAGAGAACUUGACUAUGCUGAUUCUUUUUUCCUUUUUUAAAAAAAAAAAAAAAAAAAAUGUUAUAAACUGGACUUCCUAAUACAUACCACUAUAAAGUGGAAAGGAAAUUCCAAGCCCAUGGAAAUUUGGAUGUGGGUAAUUUGAUGACAGAUAAUCUUAAUAAAAGUCAAGUACAGGUUUUUAUACUUCUCAGCUAUUCCAUCUGCAGAUGAAAGUAACAAUGUUUCAGCAGCAUCACUUACAAAAAGUAAAAAAGAAAAAAGAAAAAAAAAGUAACAAUGCUGGCCACAUAUAUUUUACACCUUGAAAUAAAAAAAUGUGAAUACUGCUCCUAAGAGAGUUGUGUAUUCUACUCUCCAACUACCCACAUAUUCCUUUUGCAGUAGCCACUAGGGCAUCAUUUUGAUAUUUCAUUCUGAUUUCUAAUGAGGACAGUAGAUCUAGAUCCAAAUUCUCACAGUAAAAUCAAGCAUUAAUUUUCUUCUAUUAGGGAAGGAAAAAUGAUCACAAUCUGAUAAGAGUCUUACAUUUCUUUGUAAUACCUCAUAUAGUAUGAUAAUCAGCUUCCAAAGCAUCACCUGAUAAUUACACUGAUACCAUUAACAUGUCAAGGAAAUUAUAUUAUUUCUGAUUGUCAAAAAUUAUGAAGUAGUAUAUGAUUAUAAGCAGGUAAGACAAAUUUCAGUAAAUCCACAGAUGACUAUAGUUUCAGAAAUACUAAGAUAUGCUUUAUACCUUAGCAUAAUUUGUAUGCAAAAUGACCCUCUAGUGUUGUUUUGUUUUGUGUUUUAACUUGGGAUUUGCAAUGAUCUGAUCCCUGGGCAAAAGGAUAGAAUUGAGGAAAGUUUGGGUUUUUUGAACUAAUUUUCUCCUUUUUAUCUCUGUCUUUGUCAGCUUCUACCUUGUGGUUUUAUGCUGAGUUCUAGCUGCCUAAAGUCUCCAUUGAAACCCUUUAUAAUUACCAUAAAAUUAUAAAUCCACUCCA